UCUUCCUUUUUUUUUUUUUCUUUGAAGAAGCUUUCCGGUUCCGUUCAACCCGAAACUCAACUCUUCAGUCUUCGUUGCCACCUCAGUCAAACGACACAACACAAACACACACUCCACACACAAUGACUGUCAUCAAGAAGAUUUGCUGCAUCGGCGCUGGCUAUGUCGGCGGCCCUUCCUGCACUGUGCUCGCUGCCAAGUGCCCCGAUGUGAUCAUCACGGUCGUCGACAUCUCGCAACCACGCAUUGACGCCUGGAACUCGGACAAGCUCCCCAUCUACGAGCCUGGCCUCGACGAGAUGGUCAAGCAGCAGCGUGGCAAGAACCUCUUCUUCUCGACUGAUGUCGACGGCACCAUCCGCGAUGCCGAUCUGAUCUUUGUGUGCGUCAACACCCCCACCAAGAUGUACGGUAUCGGCCAGGGCCGCGCCGCCGAUCUGACCUACCUCGAGGCUGCCGCGCGUCGCAUCGCUGGCAUCUCGACCGCCCCCAAGAUUGUCGUCGAAAAGUCCACCGUCCCCGUGCACGCUGCCGACAGCAUUGCCCGCAUUCUCCACGCCAACGCCAAGGAGGGCGUCACCUUCCAGAUCCUCUCCAACCCCGAGUUCCUCGCUGAGGGCACCGCCAUCAACGAUCUCGUCAACGCCGAUCGCGUCCUGAUUGGCGGUCAGCAAUCCCCUGCCGGCCACGAGGCUAUUGAGGCCCUUGCCAGCCUGUAUGCCCGCUGGAUCCCCCGCGAGCGCAUCCUCACCAUGAACACUUGGUCCUCUGAGCUUUCCAAGCUCACCGCCAACGCCUUCCUUGCCCAGCGCGUCUCGAGCAUCAACGCCAUCAGCGCCGUCUGCGAGGCCACGGGUGCUGACGUCGAGGAGGUCGCCCGUGCCAUCGGCACCGACACCCGCAUUGGCUCCAAGUUCCUGAAGGCCAGCAUUGGCUUUGGCGGCAGCUGCUUCCAGAAGGACAUUCUCAACUUGGUCUACCUGUGCGAGUCGCUCAACCUGCCCGAGGUUGGCGAGUACUGGCAGCAGGUCGUCAAGAUGAACGACUGGCAGCGCGAGCGCUUCACCCGCAAGGUGAUUGCCCAGCUGUUCAACACUGUCCAGAACAAGAAGAUUGCCAUCCUCGGCUUUGCCUUCAAGAAGGACACUGGCGACACCCGCGAGUCGGCUGCUAUCUACAUUAGCAAGUACUUCCUCGAGGAGUCUGCCCAGGUCGCCAUCUACGACCCGAAGGUCUCCGAGGACCAGGUUGUCCGCGACCUCUCCGAGCCCGGUCUUCUGUCGAACGUCGACAAGAUCAAGAAGGGUGUCACCAUGUACUCGUCCGCAUACGACGCCGUCAAGGACGCCCACGCUAUUAUUGUCUGCACCGAGUGGGACGAGUUCAAGACCCUCGACUACCAGCGCAUCUACGAAGGCAUGCAAAAGCCCGCGUUCAUUUUCGACGGCCGACUUAUUCUCGACCACCAAAAGCUCCGCUCCAUCGGCUUCCAGGUUGAGGUCAUUGGCAAGCGUGUUCCCCCCAAGUAUUAAGCGGCGUUUGUUUCUGAACAACACCAAAAACAAAAACUACAAUUGACGUAGCUUAGCUUCCACUCUGUUCAUCUCUUCCCCCCCUCCCACUUUAUCUUUGUUGUUGUUAACUUGUGUCUUGUGUCUUGAUUAAAAGAUUUACGGAAUA